GUAGCCAGGAGAGCCUUUCCGGUUCCAGCUCUGAAACGGGUGCCGGAAUUGGAAUGGCGAAGCAGAUUCUUUCUGCUCUGCUCCUCGCAGCUCUAGCGUGCAACGGCGCCUUCGCGUCGUUCAGCAGGCACAGCUUUCCCGGGGAUUUCAUCUUCGGCACCGGCUCCGCCUCGUAUCAGUACGAGGGCGCCUACAAGGAAGGAGGCAAAGGCCCCAGCGUAUGGGAUACCUUCAGUCACAUCCCAGGUAAAAUUUUGAACAACGAUACUGGCGAUGUAGCAGAUGACUUUUAUCAUCGGUACAAGGAGGAUGUGAAGCUCUUGAAGGACAUGAACCUGGAUGCCUUCCGGUUCUCCAUUGCCUGGACCAGGAUCCUGCCAACUGGUUCCCUGAGCGGAGGAAUCAACAAGGAAGGGGUCGCUUUUUACAACAACUUGAUCAAUGAGGUCAUAGCAAAUGGGCUGAAACCAUUCGUCACAAUAUUCCACUGGGAUACGCCCCAGGCCUUGGAGAGCAAGUAUGGAGGCUUCCUCAGUGAAAACAUCAUUAAGGACUACGCGGACUUCGCCGAGGUGUGCUUCCGGGAGUUCGGCGACCGUGUCAAGUUCUGGACCACGUUCAACGAGCCAUGGACAUACGCGUCGCAGGGGUACGGCACGGGCGCCCACGCCCCGGGCCGGUGCUCGCCGCACGUCUCCAAGUCCUGCACCCCCGGCGACUCCGGCCGCGAGCCUUACAUCGUCACGCACCACAUCCUCCUCGCCCACGCCGAGGCCGUGCGGCUGUACCGCGCCAAGUACCAGCAUUCGCAGCGGGGGCAGAUCGGCAUCACGGCGGUGUCGCACUGGUUCGUGCCCAACAGCGACACGCUCGCCGACAGGCGCGCCGUGCAGCGCAGCCUGGACUUCAUGUUCGGCUGGUUCCUGGACCCCAUCGUGCGCGGCGACUACCCGGGCACCAUGAGGGCGUGGCUCGGCGCGCGGCUGCCGAGGUUCACGCCCGAGCAGGUGAAGCUGUUGAAGGGCUCCUACGACUUCAUCGGCGUCAACUACUACACCUCCUAUUUCACCACCGACAUCCCGCCGCCGAACGCGCUCGAGCAGUCCUACAACGGCGACAUCCGCGCCAACACGUCCGGGUUCCGCAACGGCGUGCCCAUCGGCCCGACGGAGUUCGUGCCCAUCUUCUUCAACACUCCGGCGGGGCUCCGCGAGCUCCUGCUCUACACCAACCGGCGGUACAACAACCCGGUCAUCUACGUCACAGAGAACGGCAUCGCCGAGGCGAACAACAAGAGCAUCCCGAUCAAGGAGGCGCUCAAGGACGGGCACAGGAUCGAGUUCCACUCCAAGCACCUGCAGUUCGUGAAGCACGCCAUCAGGAACGGCGUGAACGUGAAGGGCUACUUCACGUGGACGUUCAUGGACUGCUUCGAGUGGGGGGACGGCUACCUGGACCGCUUCGGCCUCAUCUACAUCGACCGCCUCAACGGCCUCAAGCGCUACCGCAAGCAGUCCAGCUACUGGAUCCAGAGGUUCCUCAAGCGAUAGAUGCAUGCAUGGCCCAUAUAUUACUCUCUCAUCAUGAUGAGCUCCAUCGCCGGUAUUACGUCGUUGCCAUGAGAUAGAUACGUGUUUUCAUUUUCAGAGUUGCUGUUGCCGAUCCGGAGGGCGGCUAUUUGUUUUCAGGAAUAAAUUAAUGAUUUGCUAUUUAA